AUGCCUCCCAAGCCAGAUGACCAAGAAAAGAAAUUCGUUUACCUCAAAGUCGUUGGAGGUGAAGUCACCAGUGCUGCCGCCCUUGCCCCCAAGUGCGGUCCCCUCGGUAUGCCACCCAAGAAAGUAGGUGAAGACAUCUAAAAGGCUACCGCUGACUGGAGAGGAAUCAAAAUCCAGAUCGAAAUGAUGGUCCAAAACAGAUAAUGCUUCAUUACAGUCUUGCCAACAGCUGCUCCACUCCUCAUCAAGGCCCUUAAGGAAGGUCCAAGAGACAGAAAGAAGGUAAAGAACGUCAAGCACAACGGAAACCUCAAGAUGGACGAUAUUAUUGAAAUCGCAAAGAAACUCAGAGCCAAGUCAAUGGCCAUCGAAUUCGCUGGUACUGUGAAAGAAGUUCUUGGAACUGCUGUCUCUCUCGGUUGCACUAUCGAAGGAAAGAGCCCAAAGGAGUACACCCAACUUAUCGACUCAGGUGAAUAUGAGGUCCACGAAUGA